AGCGCUCCUCGACGCCGCUUCGCAGGCACGCGUCUCGAUCAGCCGGCUGCUGCCUCUGCAGACCUCUCAGAAAACGCGAAUUAGCAAGUGAACAUUUAUGUGCUGUGCAAGCUAAGCGAGUACUCUUGAAAUCAGCCUUAUGACAUCAUGGACGGUGCGGACAUGUAUACUAACACACUUAUUCUAUUAAGUUAAUGCCGAAAUGCCUACGAGGAUGAUGGGAGCGCGCGGCGCCGGCGCGGGCGCUGAUGACGUCAGCGUGGCUGACAGCCCGCUGGCCACCAUCGAGUCGCUCACGCAGGCCGCCAUCAUAGCCGUCAUGGGCGUAGCCAUCGUCGUCUCUAACCUUCUUAUAAUAGCUUCCUUUCUCAACUUUAAAGGUAACAGUCUGUCGAAUGAAGUGAUCAACUACUACCUGCUGUCGCUGGCAGUGGCCGACCUGCUGUGCGGUUUGUUCGUGGUGCCGCUGUCGGUGUACCCGGCCAUCACGGGCCGCUGGAUGUUCGGCGACCUCAUGUGCCGCCUGGCCGGCUACGUCGAGGUCACCCUCUGGUCCGUCUCAGUGUACACAUUCAUGUGGAUCUCCGUUGACCGUUAUCUAGCAGUCCGAAAGCCUCUCCGUUAUGAGACGGUUAGUGCGACGGUACAAACCCGCACAAGAAGUCAAUGUUGGAUGGUGUUCACUUGGAUAUCUGCCGCUAUGUUGUGCUGCCCGCCCUUGCUCGGAUACAAAAAAGAGGCCAAUUUCGACAAGGAGACUUUUAUAUGUAUGCUGGACUGGGGCACUACCUAUGCCUACACCGCCACUCUUGGGAUCCUUGUUCUCGGGCCGAGCGUCAUCUCCAUUGUCUAUAACUAUUUUUACAUUUUCUCGAUGAAACGCAAGCUGAAUAGUGGAGCCCCGAUCCACGACAAGGAGUACGCAACGGCACUGGCGGAGAACCUUUCGAACCCGAGCCACUGGAUGAGCUUCGUGCUGGUCACCACGUUCUGGCUCAGCUGGGCGCCCUACGCGGGGGUGAGGUUAUACGAGUACAUCACCGACCAAGAGUUGAAAGUACCGAUGUUGCAUUUCGGCGUCGUUUGGCUUGGUAUUAUGAACUCGUUUUGGAAGAUUGUCAUUCUGAUUUCUCUUAGUCCUCAAUUUCGGCUGGCGCUGCGUAUCUUGUGUCUGACGGCGUGCUGCCGCACCAAGGGCCGCCUGCAGGCGGAGCUGAUCGGCAUGGACAACGACGACUGAACUUGAUGUCAUACAUAUGUUACAAAUGGCUCCAAAAUUUUAGAUAGAAUUUAUGGAAAUGAUUGACGAGAAAGUAAGUUGACAUCAAGAAUAUGUUCUUUGUAGAACCGACUCAAAUUAUGUCGGAGCUGAAUUUACCUAACGUUAGAAAGUUUAUAUGUUUUUCAGGACUAGGUACAUUUACGCUAAUUAACUUAAAACGAAUAGAGAUCGCGAUCAUUCCAAAUAGUUACCUGACAGUACACCAAUCACUGUGAUCAUAAAAUUCACGAUAUGGAAAAUAUAUGGUUAGACAUAGAGACAUAUUUUAUUAUACUCGUAAAAGCCGAAGAUCUAGUUAAGCAUAUAAAAUAAUAAAUAUUUUUUCUAGAUCAUACAAUGUAAAGCGAAUGAAAUGAAUGAAGAAAACAUGAAAUAACAUUGCUUAUUGUUGUGGUAGUAGGUAAUAAGAGAAUCUCGGUGUUUAUCAAUUUGUUCGGACAAUAAAAUGUUAUCUAAACUGAAUGCAUUUCGCAAUAAAUCCAUAUCAUUUUCAGAAUUGGUUAAUUUUACAUUAAGUAGAUAUUGUAAGCUUAAUAUUUUAGUAGAUUUUGUCUUGAUAUCGGUGAAUCUCAAUUUAAUAUUUUGAGGUCAAAAAGCGUAAAAGAGGAAUAAUUCACAAUUUUAUUUUAGAGUUAGUCAUUAAAUUACGGCGAAAUAAUCGUAUGCCAGAAGAAAAGCUAGCACGAUAAGCGCACAUAUUUAUUUAAUUGCUUAAGUACUUUUUUGUUAAGUAAUUGGAUUAUUUCGUGGUUUGUCCAAACGUUGUUUUUGAAUUGUUUUUGUUGUAACUUAUUCCGAUUAAGUAAAUACUGUAAUUGUUGUAGAUGUUAAAAUGUGUAAAUAAUAUCAUGCUCAUGGUCUCGCAAAUGCGUGGAGACGUCGCGGAUAGCAUUUAUCGCCUGGAAUCGUGUGUUCAAAUUUUUCUCAAAUACAUGGCUGUGCUUUACGAUAAUUGGCGUUAGGUUAAUUUACUUACUUGGACGUUUUAGGUUACUUUUAGUUUUGGUGAGGAUUUUAUGUAACAGAAACGGUAGUAUGAAUUCUAAGAAUCACACACUUUGAUUUUCCAGAGCAUUUAAACGUCCCUUGGAAUACCUACGAGUAGAAUGUAUUUGUGAAUAAACAGUUGCAACUCCGGCUAAAGUUUAUAAAUCGUUCGACUUUGAAAGUUGUAAGAGUUCU